GGAACUUGUUGGCAUGCUAUGUUCCGCAAUCCAAUGGUUGUUAACGGCUUCCCGAUACUUGCAAGGCAUGAGAACGAGCAAGGUCUAGAAAUAUCACUUGGCAUAAUGAGCAUCCUGGCCGAAGCACACUUUGCCACCCACUAUAAUACAACGCUGGUUCUAAAGGGACUCUGCACUAUGCUUGUACCUACACGUCGGACCGACCGUUCUAUCACUUGGCAUUUUCUACUCAAUGAGAAUGGAAUGCGCAUCCCUUACUUUUCGUUUCGAGAGCGUUGUCCGGAGGAUGGAGACAUCCGCCACUUUGUGGGAUGGGUUUCGGACAUCACCAGACAUUUGGAGGAAGUGAAAUAUGACGAGAUCAAUUGGGCCGGAGCUAAAAAGUGCUCACCAGGACUGGCGAUAGAACAGAAGCUAACAAUCUCUAUCAGUAAGAUAGUUGGGGGAAGUGUGAACGCAGUCCGAGGCAGUAGGGAAACGCCGGAGUUCUCCAAACAUUCUGGAUAUUCAGUACAGAUUAAGAAAGCCCGCAACAUUUACGUUGUGCUUUACGAUGUUGGAGCCCAGCGAGGGUGGUUAGUCGAUGGAGCAAAGCGCUUUGCUACAUCUCGUGCGAACACAGGUCGUUCGAGAACCUUUACGGGCGCACAGGGUCACUUUUCAACGACCCGCGUUUCAAUCGCUCGAGAUUUGAUCACCCCACAAUCGAUGGUGGCGCCAACGUAGCUGCAGAUAUCUUGGUGGAAGAGAGUAACAUGAAGCACAUCAUCCUCAGGGAGUUCAGCGCAUGGGCCGAUGAAACAAUUCCAGUACGUCGACACGAGGAAAUGUCGACAAUCGGCGAGACAACAUGCUUAAGAGAGUUGGUUUCACAGACGUGGAGUACUCUAGAGCAAAUCUACGACCACCAAAUCGAUGUUGCGACGACCCACGCAACAACACAGCUGACAAAUCCAUUCCGGACAAAAUUGGAAGGCUACGAGUUCAUGGAUAUCGUAUCAGCUAGACCCGUCUUGACAAGAAGGACUGUCGAGCUUCAGUCAAACGGAGAGGCCUGGACAGUCUUGACGAAGCAGAUACACGCAAUAGCGCUUUUCGGGCAACAAUUUGGGCAGAUAUACAAGCCCGUCGAGACCACUAGGGAAUAUAUCUGCGAAGACUGGAAGACCGUUCCGCGAGGCCAUGAGUACCUUGCAGUCCCUAUAUCACUGCUGAAGGAGGUUAAGCGCCACAGCUGGGAAGAAGGCGAAGUUGACGCGGAGUCUCCCGAAAUAGCGAAG